CCACAGUAUACGGCCCAUUAGGGUUCCUCGCCCCAACAGAUAAAUACUCAUCUGCCUCCCCUCUCCUCCCUCGUCGGCCGCCAUCUCCCCCGCUUAGGUUUAGGUCCCCUCCGCCGCCCAUCUCCGGCCUCCCGAGCUCGCGGAAAUGGUCGCCCACAGGUUCCAUCAGUACCAGGUGGUGGGUCGCGCUCUGCCGACCCCCGGCGAUGAGCACCCCAAGAUCUACCGUAUGAAGCUCUGGGCCACCAACGAGGUUCGCGCCAAGUCCAAGUUCUGGUACUUCCUGAGGAAGCUCAAGAAGGUGAAGAAGAGCAAUGGCCAGAUGCUCGCCAUCAACGAGAUCUUUGAGCGCAACCCAACCACAAUCAAGAACUAUGGCAUCUGGCUGCGCUACCAGAGCAGGACAGGUUACCAUAACAUGUACAAGGAGUACCGUGACACCACCCUGAAUGGUGCUGUGGAGCAGAUGUACAAUGAGAUGGCCUCCCGUCAUCGUGUGAGGGCCCCCUGCAUCCAGAUCAUCAAGACAGCGACAGUCCACUUCAAGCUGUGCAAGAGGGACAACACCAAGCAGUUCCACAACUCCAAGAUCAAGUUCCCGCUCGUGUACCGCAAGGUGAGGCCACCCACCAGGAAGCUCAAGACCACUUUCAAGGCGUCCAGGCCCAACUUGUUCAUGUGAUAGGUCUCAGCAGGAUGGUACCUAUGUUAUGUGUCUUAGCGAGCCAGAGUGGAAAGAUUUUGCCUGUGGAAGUUUUGGUGCCCUGUGGAUUGAGCACUCCUAUGUUUCCAGUUACGAAUUUUAAUGAUGCUAUGCAAACCCAUGAUUUCGGUCAAAUUAGCUAUCAGCAGACUACUUAUUUACACCGUCUGUUCUCUUGCUGCCA